AUGGAGGGGCCCGGCCAGGACGCCGAGGAGACGAUGCGGAGAAACCUGGACCCCGAGGGCUACGAGGACCCGGGGAUAAAGGGCUCGAGGAUGUCGCUGGAGGAGACGAGCAGGGCCGGCGGCGGCACCGGGCCCCCUUUGGCCGCGCGGAGGGUGAGAGGCGAGGACCUGGCGCCCCUGCGCCGGUAUUUGCCCAGCCACCGGGGAUCCUAUGACCUGGACGGGAGGAGGCGCACGGCCGGGGCCCCCCCGGGACGGGUCAGCCGCCGUGGCGGAGGGCAGACUCCGUCGGUGACCGAUGUGGACCUGGAGGCGGCAGGGAGCAGGCGGCUCGUGUCCCGGUGGGACACCCAUGAGGUCUACACGGAGCUGCACGAGCUGGUCAUGGACAGCAAGAAGGAGCUGUGCUGGAUGGAGGCCGGCCGCUGGCUCCAGCUGGAGGAGAACUUCACGGCCGGCGGGGACUGGGGCCAGCCCCACAUCUCCUUCCUGACCUACCGCAGCCUCCUGGACCUGCACCGCGCCCUCGCCAGAGGCGCUGUGCUCCUCGACGUGGCGGCCACCUCGCUGGCGGCCGUUGCGCACGUGCUCAUCGAGCAGAUGAUCUACGAGGGGCAGAUCAAGCCGCAGGACAGGGAGGACAUCCUGAGGACGCUGCUGCUGCAGCACAAGCACCCCAGCGAGGCCGAGUCGGUGUGGACACUGCCGCCGGCGCAGCUGCAGCGCUCGGGCACGGUGCCGGUGGAGACGGAGCAGCCGCUGCUGCGGGAGCACCAGGCCCUGGAGAUGCGGGCGCUGGACGGGGCUGAGCAGACCCCAAGUGGGACCAGGCCCGGGCCCCAGCUCCCCGAGAAGCUCCCUGAGGAUGCCGAGGCCACGCUGGUCCUCGUGGGCUGCGCAGCCUUCCUGGAGCAGCCGACGCUGGCCUUCGUGCGCCUGAGGGACGCGGUGACGAUGGAUGCUGUCCUCAACGUGCCCCUGCCCGUGCGCUUCCUCUUCGUGGUGCUGGGCCCCGACAGCCCCCACGUCAGCUACCAUGAGAUCGGCCGCACCAUCGCCACCAUGAUGUCCGAGAGGGUUUUCCGCCGCGACGCCUACCUGGCCGAGGGCCGCCAGGACCUGCUGCGGGGGGUCGAGGCCUUCCUGGAGGCCAGCAUCGUGCUGCCGCCCACUGAGACCCCCAACGAGCAGCACCUGCGCAGCCUGGUGCCGCUGCAGCGCCAGCUGCUCCGCCGCCGCUACCAGCACCCCGAGAAGGCCCCCGAGGACUUCCUAAAGGAGAUGUGUACGUCCCGGGGACACCCCAUAACACCCCCACCGGGGACCAAGAGCGAGGAGCCGGAGGACGACGACCCGCUGCGCAGGACGGGGCGCCCCUUCGGGGGGCUGGUGCGGGACAUCCGCCGCCGCUACCCCAAAUAUCUCAGCGACAUCAAGGACGCCCUCAGCCCGCAGUGCUUGGCCGCCGUCAUCUUCAUCUACUUCGCGGCACUGUCCCCUGCUGUCACCUUCGGAGGCUUGCUGGGUGAGAAGACCAAGGGCAUGAUGGGGGUGUCGGAGCUGCUCAUCUCCACCUGUGUGCAGUGCGUCCUCUUCAGCAUCCUCAGCGCCCAGCCCCUGCUCGUCGUCGGCUUCUCAGGGCCCCUGCUGGUCUUCGAGGAAGCCUUCUUCUCGUUCUGUGAGGGCCAGGGCUUGGAGUACAUCGUGGGACGGGUGUGGAUCGGCUUCUGGCUCAUCCUGCUGGUGCUGGUGGUGGUGGCCUGCGAGGGCAGCUUCCUGGUGCGCUACCUGUCCCGCUACACCCAGGAGAUCUUCUCCUUCCUCAUCUCCCUCAUCUUCAUCUACGAGACCUUCGUCAAGCUCAUCACGAUCUUCAGGGCGCACCCCCUGCAGCGGGUCUACAACGUGCAGGCCACCGUCACCCCCAACGUGGCCGAGCCCAACACGGCUCUGCUCUCCCUCGUCCUGAUGGCCGGCACCUUCUUCCUCGCUCUCUUCCUCCGCAAGUUCAAGAACAGCGCCUUCCUGCCCGGCAAGGUCCGGCGCCUGAUCGGGGACUUUGGGGUGCCCAUCUCCAUCUUCAUCAUGGCGCUGGCUGACUUCUUCAUCAAGGACACCUACACGCAGAAAUUGAAGGUCCCCAAGGGGCUGGAGGUGACCAACUCGACGGCCCGGGGCUGGUUUAUCAACCCCAUGGGGAAGGCAAACUCGUUCCCCAUCUGGAUGAUGUUCGCCUCCGUGGUGCCCGCCCUGCUGGUCUUCAUCCUCAUCUUCCUCGAGACGCAGAUCACCACCCUCAUCGUCAGCAAGCCCGAGAGGAAACUGGUGAAAGGCUCGGGCUUCCACCUGGACCUGCUGCUGAUCGUGGCCAUGGGUGGCGUGGCGGCGCUCUUCGGCAUGCCAUGGCUCAGCGCCACCACCGUGCGCACCAUCACGCACGCCAACGCGCUCACCGUCAUGAGCAAAUCCUCAGCGGGGGGCGAGAAGCCCCAGAUCCUGGAGGUCAAGGAGCAGCGCAUCAGCGGCCUGCUGGUGGCCGUGCUGAUCGGGGUCUCCAUCCUGAUGGAGCCCGUCCUGAAGUACAUCCCGCUGGCCGUUCUCUUCGGCAUCUUCCUCUACAUGGGCGUCACCUCGCUCUUCGGCAUCCAGCUCUUUGACCGCAUCCUGCUCCUGCUGAUGCCCCCCAAGUACCACCCCAAGGAGGUCUACGUCACCCGGGUGAAGACGUGGCGGAUGCACCUCUUCACCCUCACCCAGAUCCUUGUCCUGGCGCUGCUGUGGGGGGUGAAGGCCAGCCCGGCCUCUCUGGCGCUGCCCUUCGUCCUCAUCCUCACUGUGCCACUGCGCCGCUUCCUGCUGCCCAAGAUCUUCCGCGAGAUCGAGCUCAAAUGUCUGGACGCGGAUGACGCGGUGGUGACCUUCGAGGAGGCGGAGGGCCAGGACGUGUACAACGAGGUGCAGAUGCCCAGCUAA